AUGCGAGUCGGUGGGAGAAUCGAGCAAUCUACACUCAACUACAACGCCAAGCACCCGAUUCUGAUACCUAAAGAUACACCACUAGCUGGACUGCUGGUUCGACAUUUUCAUAUCUCCUAUCUGCACACUGGAGUUGAUGCAACGUUCACCAAUCUUCGUCAGCAGUACUGGAUUCUGGGAGCCCGCAAUCUCGUCAGAAAGGCAGUCUUCCAAUGCAAAUCCUGUUUUCUUCAACGAAAGGGCACAAGCAACCAGAUCAUGGGAGAGCUACCAAUUCCUCGAGUUCAAGCUAGCCGCUGCUUUCAACACACAGGGCUGGACUACGCUGGACCGAUCGCAAUCAAGGAAUCAAAAGGAAGAACUCCACGCAUCGGAAAGGCAUGGUUUUCUAUUUUCGUGUGCCUCACUACAAAGGCACUUCACAUCGAGGUUGUUAGUGAGCUAACUACACAGGCUUUCAUCGAAGCCUUUCAACGAUUCAUUGCCCGCCGAGCGAAGCCUACUGACCUGUAUUCGGACAACGGAACUACAUUUCAUGGAGGCAAGCAAACUUUGGAUGACAUGAGACGUCUAGCCAUUCAACAAGCCAAAGAUGAGGAACUAGCAGGAUUCUUUGCCAAUGAAGGGAUUUCUUGGCACUUUAUACCCCCGUCUGCUCCCCAUUUUGGAGGGAUGUGGGAAGCUGGAGUUUGCUCAAUUAAACUCCAUAUGAAACGGAUACUUGGAUCAAAGGCUUUAAAGUUUGAGGAGCUCUCUACUGUCCUGACCCAAACUGAAGCUAUCCUGAAUUCACACCCGCUGUGCCCAACUGGGGAUAAUUCUUUGGAUCCACUGACGCCUGCUCAUUUUUGGCUGGAUCUCCGUAUACUGCAUUGCCUGAACCCUGUCGUCUGGAUAUGCAAGUCAAUCGAUUGGAGAGGUGGAAUCAGCUGCAAGCCAUGGUUCAAGGUUUUUGGAAAGGGUGGCAUUGGAAUACCUGACAUCUCUUCAUGA